GCGGUCCAGCUCAGCCAGCUUUAAGGAGCGGCGACCAGACGGCUGAGUCCGGGGUGACAGGGCGAUUAUUUUACAUGGUUAUACCGCUGAACGGGCGCGAAUACACGCACAGACUGAUAGAAACCUGUCUCUCCUAGUUAGUCCGUCAUGGAGUCCUAUGACAUUUUAGCUAACCAGCCGGUUGUGAUUGAUAAUGGAUCGGGGGUUAUCAAGGCUGGUUUUGCAGGUGACCAGAUCCCCAAAUACUGCUUCCCCAACUAUGUAGGCCGUCCCAAGCAUGUGCGCGUGAUGGCAGGAGCCCUGGAGGGAGACUUGUUCAUCGGACCUAAGGCAGAGGAGCACAGGGGUUUAUUGUCAGUUCGAUAUCCUAUGGAGCAUGGGAUAGUGAAGGACUGGAAUGAUAUGGAGAGGAUCUGGCAGUAUGUCUACUCUAAGGAGCAGUUGCAGACUUUCUCUGAGGAACAUCCUGUACUGCUGACUGAGGCUCCUCUCAACCCCAGCACAAACAGGGAGAAGGCUGCAGAGGUGUUUUUUGAGACUUUUAAUGUUCCUGCUCUCUUCAUCUCCAUGCAAGCUGUUCUUAGCUUGUAUGCCACAGGCCGUACCACUGGCGUUGUGAUGGAUGCCGGUGAUGGUGUAACCCAUGUUGUUCCCAUAUAUGAGGGCUUUGCCAUCCCCCACUCCAUUAUGCGUGUGGACAUCGCCGGAAGAGAUGUCUCCCGAUACCUCCGUCUACUGCUACGCAAGGAGGGCUACAACUUCAACACUUCUGCAGAGUUUGAGGUUGUACGCACCAUCAAAGAGAGGGCCUGCUACCUAUCUCUCAAUCCACAAAAGGAUGAAACUUUAGAACCAGAGAAGGCUCAAUAUGUACUCCCUGAUGGUAGCACAUUAAAUAUUGGUCCAGCUAGGUUUCGCGCUCCUGAGAUACUGUUCAGGCCCGACCUGAUAGGAGAUGAAAGUUCAGGCAUCCACGAGGUCCUGGCCUAUGCUAUCCAGAAGUCUGACAUGGACCUGCGACGCACACUAUUUUCCACCAUAGUGCUGUGCGGUGGAUCUACGCUGAUCAAAGGCUUUGGGGAAAGACUACUAACUGAAGUCAAGAAGCUUGCACCCAAAGACGUGAAGAUCAAGAUCUCUGCUCCUCAGGAGAGGCUUUAUUCCACAUGGAUUGGUGGCUCUAUCCUGGCGUCACUGGAUACCUUUAAAAAGAUGUGGGUGUCUAAGAGGGAAUAUGAGGAAGACAGAGCACGUGCCAUCCACAGGAAGACCUUCUAAUAGGGGCAGGUGCCCUGCAAUUGCCCCCAGAACUGCCCUCAAAUCUCCCCUACCAUGCUGUUGGAGACUCCCAUAUUACCUAGCUACCUGCACCAAUCAUCUCCGGGUACCUAUAAAUUAUCCCCUAUAAAACCACCUGCUUCUUCUUCUUCUGUUGGCCUACUCCUUUUAUCCUACCACUCUGAAACACACACACUGGGGUGUGUCACUUUUUGUAUGUUACCUCCUUUUUCAUUAGGCUGUCUGUAUCCUCCUCCUCCUCCCCCUUUUACCUGGUUUUGGCCGAGGGUGACGCCCAUCCGCCACCCUUCAAUCUCCCAAACAUUCACAUGCAGAGGGCUGCCAGGGCAUCGCAGAGGGCAACUGUUAGCACUGUGGACUCUGCUACUUCUCUUACUACAGACCAUGCUAUAAUAUAAUCUAGUCCACUUUGAAGUAUUGAUAUUGCUCUCUCACCUACAAAGCCCUGUAUGGUGUCAAAUAUCAUCAAAUGUCAAUAAAAGUGAAUGUUUUUUGCUACUGUAAAAAAUUCCAUUCCAAACCGAAGAGAUAGAUUUUUUUCUUCUUUAAAACUGUCAUCACAGUUUUAAGGUAAUUGCGUGAUGUCCAUUUUGUAGUCAUUCUUUUGUUUUUAUAAUUUCUCAGUUGAUGGAUUAGCUUGUAUGGAACAAUGGUUUUAAGUGCUAUAGGAAUACAUAGUGCUAGUUUUGGUGGGUUACCUAAAAGGUAAAGAUAACCACUGUAUUAUGUGUGGCCUAAACUGCACAACUACCACCUUGGCGCAAAGUAACGCAGAGAAUUAAAUCAUUAAAUUGAUUGAAUUGAUAUCACCCCCUAUUAUCUUGUUUAUCACUACCAAUGAAUUGUUUCAACAUGAUCUCGACCUCCCAUUUUUAUGUUGAUGUGACAAAUGUACAGCAUGUCCAUAUUGUUAGCUGGGGCUUUCUCAGUUGACGGGAUUAAAAUGAAGUAUUGGAAAUGCCUUGAAACUGGCACAGGAUCUCCCCUUGAAAUCCAUCACAAGGGUUCUACGUUUACAAUUAUUGAGAUGCACACAUGGCUGUUGAGCGCAGCCUAAAGUGGAUAUGAUGAAUUGGUUGUUCUGUUGACCCCAGGUAUCUGUUAUAAGCGGUUUGCUUUGCUCAGUUGCAUGUUAGCUGUGUAGAGUUAAAAAUACCCACAGUCAGCCACAGACGUUUGUUUAUCAUUAUGAUUAUAAUUAUUAUUAUUCCCUGGACUGGUGUUUGUGCUCUGGUUAGCAGCAGUGACCAGGUAUAGAGGCCAGGCUCUGGAGUCUGGAUGGUAAAACAGAAAACCAAACUGGCUGAUCAAUUGUCUGUUUUGUACCAUUCUCCCCUGUCUAUGUACUAGUAAAAGUAUGGGUCUUAUGAUUUCCCUGCAUCUCAAUGGCAGUGAAGGGGUUGUGUCCAAACCUGUGUCCGCCUUACUCUUGUGCAUCUGCACUUGAGCGUCCACAUCUUGCUUUUGGGUGUUUUUAAAGAGAAAAAAAAAGGUUGUAAACUUCAUCAGCCUUGUGUACAGUGGAAUGCUUUUCAAAAACAACCACCACAAAAAGAUAGGAUAACAGACUAAAAUGUACAAUACUGUUUAUUCAAGUGUUUGCUUUUACUUUUCGUAAAAUUCAAUAUAAUAAAUAAGUUAAUGGCUGCUGCUUGA